CCUACAUCAGUCUGUGGUUUAGCGUCAAGGCAAUAACUUGCUUUAGUCCAUCGGAAUCCAAGACAUGGGUGAUAAGAACAAAGAGGGGUGCUGUCAGCUCUUAAAGGACGAGUUCCAACGCUCCAAGUUCUCGCUGCAUCAUGAGGAUCCUGGCGUCUUCUGUCGCUCGCAAUGGCAGAAGGGAGAGCGAAAUAUAAUCUGGGUCCUGUAUCGAUGGGCCCUGGCUGCUUUCUUUGCCGCCGGAGUUAUUGGCAGCAUGAGGCAGGAUUUUAACGGCGGUCGUUGGUUUAUAUACCUUACGGAUUGGGGGUUUUCACUGUGCCUAAUUACCUGCACUUACGGCGCUGUAAUCGCCACUAUUUACUAUUUUAAUCAGUCGUAUUUUGCUCCUGGCGAUCGCUCCCUAAAGAUUUACUGGAUCUCCCACUAUACCACUUCGGUUCUAUCCAUGUUGAUUACUACGGUCUUCUGGGCUGCGCUUUCCAAUACCAUGCCCGAAAUUGCUGGUGAGCUUUACAACUUGUGGUGUCAUGCCUUCAACUCGAUCUGCAUGGUGUUCGACUGCUUUAUGGUGGCCUAUCCCAGUCACCUCAUGCACUCUAUUUAUCCCUUUUCCGUUGUGCUUAUUUUCUUGGUACAUUCCUUGAUUUACUAUUGGGCUGGUGGAACUGACAUCGAUGGAAAUCGGUUUAUCUACUUCGCACUGGACUGGGCGCGUCCUGGCCUGGCAAUUGGAUUCGUUUGUGCCGCUUUGUUUCUCAUUUGCUGCUUUUCCUUUGUGGCUUUUGGAAUUUACCGGCUGCGGAUCUCGAUGUACAACUGUUGCCACAAGAAGCUGGAGGAAACACCAGCACUAGCACCUCCUCCCAAGGACUCAACUCCAAAUGUUUAA